GUGAGGGAGGGAUCAUGCGGGAGCGCGAGAGAAGAACACUGCCAUGCAAAGCGUCGCUUGACAGCAUCUUUUAUACUUGGCUUCGUUGCAUAAGGAUUGUGCAUCUGCGCCGGCUAUUGAAAUCGCCUUUUAUUUCGAUGCGCGAUGCGUCUUCGCUUUACCAGAUAGACGGAGUCGCGUGAAAGGAUGCUGCACACGGAGGAUCGUUGCUGUUUGACAUGCACUGACAUUUAAAAUGAGCCAUGCAUCAUGAGUGCACAGCGUGAUUAAACGCGUGCUUUUAAUCCGUAGGCUGCUCUGACACAUUCUGGAUGUUUGUAAUGGGGGUCAACGCAGGAGCCGGAGGCGGUGGGAUUUGAUCGCUGCCUCUACUGCGUGUUUUACUUGCAUUUAUACACUUGCAUCAUCAUCAUUAUCAUCAUCAUAGGCGCGCGUUGAUCAGCUGUUCGGCUUGAGAAACUGCGGCGCGCGCGGCUCGUGUGUGGUGCUGAAAGAACAGCUCCCACCACAGCGGAUCGUAUGGAUCAAUAUUAGGGGGGACUGACAGUGUCGCUCUCGGGCUUUAAUGGCUGUGGCACGCAAGAUCAAAACUCUGCUGACGGUCAACAUUCUGGUGUUCGUCGGGAUCAUCCUGUUCUCGGUCUACUGCAGGAUCCAGGACCGCUCGGAGGAGCUCGUGCAGAUCGGGAGACUGUCGGACCAGAGGCUGCGAGGCAGGAAUGCCAAAGUUACGAACUCCAUGGACAGGCAGUCCAUUCUCAAGAGACUCGAGCGACUGGAAGAUGUGGUCUAUAAUCAGUUAAAUGGUUUAGCCAAGCCCAUGGGUCUGGUGGAGGGUCCUGGAGGUCUAGGACAGGGCGGUGCUGCUGCCACGCUGGGAGAGGAUAGCCGGGAGACUGAAGGGAGAUUCGAGGAGUAUGGCUACAACGCCCAGCUGAGUGACCGCAUCUCCUUGGACAGGAAUAUUCCGGACUACAGGCCCAAAAAGUGUAAGCAGCUGACCUACUCUGAUGACCUUCCUCAGAUCUCUGUGGUCUUCAUCUUUGUGAACGAAGCUCUUUCUGUCAUCCUUCGCUCAGUUCACAGCGUCGUCAACCACACUCCGGCACAUCUGCUCAAAGAAAUCAUCCUGGUGGACGACAACAGCGACAGCGUGGAGCUGAAGUUCAAUCUGGAUCAUUAUGUGAAUAAACGAUAUCCCGGCCUGGUGAAGAUCGUGAGGAACAGCAAGCGAGAAGGCCUCAUUCGGGCCAGGAUUCAUGGCUGGAACGCAGCCACUGCUCCUGUUGUGGGCUUCUUUGACGCUCAUGUGGAGUUCAACACAGCCUGGGCUGAGCCGAUCCUCACCAGAGUGAAAGAAGAUCACACUAGGAUAAUCCUCCCUGCGAUAGAUAAUAUCAAGUACAAUACCUUUGAGGUGCAGCAAUACGCUAAUGCGGCUCAUGGCUACAACUGGGGCCUGUGGUGCAUGUACAUCAUCCCGCCUCAGGAUUGGCUGGACAGAGGAGAUGAAACUGCUCCAAUCAGGACUCCUGCAAUGAUCGGCUGCUCUUUUGUAGUGGAUCGUGAAUAUUUUGGAGAGAUCGGUCUGCUUGAUCCGGGCAUGGAGGUCUAUGGAGGAGAGAACAUUGAACUUGGUAUGAGGGUUUGGCAGUGUGGUGGCAGUAUGGAGGUCCUUCCAUGUGCCAGAGUCGCGCAUAUUGAACGCACAAAGAAACCAUACAACAAUGACAUCGACUACUAUGCUAAGAGGAAUGCGCUGCGGGCGGCAGAGGUCUGGAUGGAUGAGUUCAAGUCCCACGUCUACAUGGCCUGGAAUAUUCCUAUGAACAACCCAGGAGUGGAUUUUGGAGACGUAUCAGAGCGUGUGGCUCUGAGGAAGAAAAUGAACUGCAGGAGCUUUCGCUGGUACCUCGAGCAUGUCUAUCCUGAGAUGAGAAUCUACAAUAACACCAUCACUUAUGGAGAGGUGCGAAACAGUAAAGCCAGCGGCUACUGUCUUGAUCAGGGCUCAGAGGAGGAUGACAGGGCCAUACUCUACCCUUGUCACGGCAUGUCAUCGCAGCUGGCAAGAUACACCACUGAGGGCUUAUUGCAGUUAGGACCCCUGGGGUCGACUACGUUUCUGCCUGACACAAAAUGCCUGGUGGAUGACGGAAGAGGAAGGACUCCAAGCUUGAAAAAAUGUGAUUCUGUCACCCGGUCAUCCCAGAGGCUCUGGGAUUUUACUCAGAAUGGCCCUAUCAUAAGUCGAGACACGGGACGCUGUUUGGAGGUUGAAAUGUCAAAAGAUGCAAACUUUGGCCUGCGAUUGGUGGUCCAGCGCUGCUCAGGGCAGAAAUGGAUGAUUCGGAACUGGAUAAAACACCCCAGACACUGAGAAACAUCCAAGCUGAAAACUAAAUAACCUGAGCUGGAGAGCAGCCAUAGAGUCUGGGGUUCAGACUCACUCACGCAAGAAACUCUUUCAGGGGAAAACACUCUCAAUAUAGACGUCCAAAGGUGAAAUAUUGUCUUUGGACGUAUUUACUGUCGAGCGAGCAGCUAAAGCAAAAGAAAGACUUGCUCCACUUUAAAGACUUCCAGCGGAUUUGGGAGAAAAUUCUGAGAGAAAUGAUGAAAGAGCUGAGGAUAAACAAAGAAACAAGCAGCAAAAGUUGCAAAGCCCACUGAGCAAAGUCUUGAGAUUUAUUACUUAUCAAUUGCCAUAUCAACACUUAUUUCUUCAGGCUGUGAAUUGCUUUGGAUAAUUGAAUAUCCACAUUGAAACUUUAAUGGGUAUCCUAAGUGCUACAAAAACAGAAAGUAGGAUAGACUUCAAUCGGACACCAGUUUCAGCUCUUUUAGCUAUUGAGUAUUUUCUUUCUUUAAUUUACAGACUUAAUUGCUGAUGCACAACACAAUGUGUUCACUCAAGAACUCAUGUGCCUUUCUCCAUCUUUAUGCCAUCAGACCAGGGAAUGUUCCUCCCUAAGCAUGUACAAAAUAUUUGAUUUUAAAUUAAUGAAAAUAUGAAUAUAAUGUUAAGAGGUCUUAUUGUAGAAAAAAAAACACGUUGUAAAAUACUUCAAACAUGAUAAUCCAGGAAGAU